AUGGCGAUCCUCUCCGACAUCGACGAAACGCAGACCAACCCAAUUCCCAACUCCCCUCCGCCGGAGAAGAAGGAGGAACCCACUUCUCUUCUUCCGAACGCCGGCAAUGGACUCGAUUUGGAGAAGUAUUCGUGGGGGCAGAGCCUUCAAGAGGUAACGAUCACUGUCCCAGUCCCUCCCGGGACGAAAUCGAGGCAGAUUUCGUGCGAGAUCAGGAAGAAGUCUCUGAAGCUCGGGCUCAAGGGCGAGCCGACGAUGAUUAUCGACGGCGAACUGUUGGGUCCAGUGAAAGUGGGCGAGUCUUUCUGGCAAUUGGAAGAUCAGAAGACGGUCUCUGUUUUGCUGACGAAAUCGGACGACAAGAAUUGGUGGAAGUCGCUGGUGAAGGGAGGGCCGGAGAUUGAUACGCAGAAGGUGGAGCCAGAGCCCAGCAGGCUGAGUGAUUUGGAUCCGGAGUUGAGGUCGACGGUGGAGAAGAUGAUGUUCGACCAGCGCCAGAAGCAGAUGGGUCUCCCUUCCAGCGACGAGAUUCAGCAGCAAGAACUCCUCAAGAACUUUGAUUUCUCCAAGAUGAAGAGGGUCGACAAAUUCACCAAUAUGCCUUAG